AUGGUGUCGUGUUUCACACAGCGGCUUGUCUUCUCUACCAAUUUGCACCCUUCUACCGUAGAGUUGGUGCGAGAUAUGCUGCGUUGUGUUUGGAUGCAGGAUUCGGCCAUUCUUCGAAUCGUUCUCCCCUUCUUGCAUUCUGCAUCGGCGAAAUUUCACCACCCAACUGACGUGUGUUUUAUGGAUGUGAUGCCUGUCUCACCGACCAUGUGCCGAUGGCCUCGUAUGAUUGGUCGUCAGGCGUUCGAACACCCGGCCACCGCAAUCUAUUCUCGGGUCAUCAAACGAGCAGCUGCACUGCGUCAGAUUGCCGAGUACACAAGGGAGAACAACUUAGUUACUCCGCAGGGUCUUCCCAAGACCUCGGGUGGAGGUCUGCUCGCGAAGCAGUCGCAACAGGUUCAGCAAACGGAGAACGGUUCAAUUGGCCACAACAUAACUCCAGGUCUCAUGACUGCCGAGCGCGCUGCUGCAGCACUUCAAGCCUCGGUAAUCUUUUUGCAAGCCGCAGUGAACGCGGUAUUCGAUGUGAAUACGAGUGUGCUACCGACUGGGUUCGAGCCGCGUCUCCGUAGGUCUGGUGACAGUGUGCAACUACCGGGGUUGAGGCAACGUUUGGAGAAGAAGGAGGGUCUGUUCCGCAUGUACAUGAUGGGCAAGCGUGUCAACUACGCCUGCCGCUCCGUCAUCAGUCCCGACCCCAAUCUCCGAGUAUUUGAGGUGGGAGUGCCUCUUUUCAUUGCCCACAAACUCACAUUCCCGGAGCCGGUGACGGCAGAGAACAUAUCCAAGCUGCGCAAGCUCGUGAAAGCGGGCCCUGAUGUGUACCCGGGUGCCAAGUUGGUGCAGAUGGCCGAUGGAUCGAAGCAGAUAAUUCCACCGGGCAACUCUGAGACUGCUUUCACGCGUCGACUCGCUAUUUCCAAGCGCCUCGCUGUUCCGCAUCCCGAACUGCACGGUGGAAUGCCUAUGGUUGUGCAUCGUCAUCUGGAGGAUGGUGAUUUCUUGGUAAUGAAUCGCCAGCCCACCCUCCAUAAGCCCUCCAUGCAGGCUCACAGGGUGCGCACCAUUCGUGCUCCCGGUGCCAAAACUCUACGUCUGCACUACGCCAUCUGCAAGGCUUACAACGCCGACUUCGACGGUGACGAAAUGAACGGGCAUUUCCCCCAAACCUACCAGGCUAAAGCCGAAAUGGCACAUUUGGCCGCCGUGCCCUACCAGUACCUGACGCCGAAAGACGGCUCUCCUUUGGGUGGUCUCAUCCAGGACCACGUCAUUGCUACAGUGAAGUUGACCAUUCGUGAUUGCUUCUUCGACGAGGACGAGUACCUUGAUCUCGUCUACAAUGGCCUCUACGCUUCUGUCGCUGAGGAUGGCUGUGUUCCCGAUGCCAUUCUCCUACCCCCGGCUAUUCUCAAACCGAACCGUCUGUGGACCGGAAAACAGGUGGUGUCCACAUUGCUCAUGAAUAUCGUGCCUGUGGGACUGCCACAGCUCAACGCGUGCCUAGAGGGAAGACGCACAAAGGUAGAGCUGUGGGCGGGCGCACCGUUCGCGAUUGCGCGCGUCCUCUCUGACGUCGACCUCGUGAUCGUGGGGGGCUAUGUCGCCUCUGGCCUCCUUGACAAGGCUCACAUUGGUUCGGCCUCGGGGGGUCUGGUGCACUGCUUCUACGAGGCCUACGGACCCUAUGCCGCCUCACAGCUCCUCUCCGGCAUCUCGCGCGUGGCCGAUCGCUUUCUCAAAAUCACAAGCUUCUCCAUGUCCCUCGCCGACAUAAUGCUCAGCGAGAAGGCGGACAAAGAUAGGCGCAGGCGCUUCAAGGUUGGCUCUCGUGUCCUUCUGCAUGCCCAUGGGAUGGGAGGUCAGCACGAACUGUCUUCGAAAUUGCGACUGUGCUAUGCAACACGCCAUCCCCGCGGAAGUUGCGUACUUUGCACCACCGAGGCAACCACUUUUGUAUUUCAGAAAAUCUACGAUAGUGUUGAAGGUAGUAGAAAUGUCCCCAAUAAAGGAAUGCAAACCCUCGGUUUGUGUGCCUUCGCUGAUGCCUUCGGCCUGACCGCGGACACGUUGACGGAGGAGAAUGUGAAGCACCUCUAUAGGAUGGCUCACUUUGCACCGAAGACAGACGAGGUGCUCGGUGGCAAAAUGGCUGCUCUUGACUGUGCUGUAAAGGACAGGAUCAAACACUCCCAAGAUGCUGUCUGCGACGCUGCCAUUCCGUCGGGUCUUUAUAUACCCUUCCCAGCCAACGCAUUGCAACUGAUGGUUCAUGUCGGUGCCAAAGGUGGAAUAGUCAACGCACAACAGAUGUCAGUGGCCCUGGGUCAGAUAGAGUUGGAGGGUCGUCGGGUGCCCCUCAUGCUGAGUGGUCGCUCUCUGCCUUCCUUUCCGCCCUAUGACGUGCGUCCGCGCGCCGGUGGCAUGUGUACCCACCGCUUCCUCACCUCGAUGCCUGCGCAAGAGCUGUUUUUCCACUCCAUGGCUGGUCGGGACGGUCUCAUCGACACAGCGUGCAAGACCUCUCGCUCCGGCUACCUUCAGCGCUCCCUCAUCAAACACCUCGAAGGAGUGAUACUACCAAUUACUUUGGAUCGUCGAGGCAGGUUUCGCAGCCUUCGUCGCGGGGCCCAUCAUAUGAGUAUUUGCACCAAAUAA